ACAAAUUUUCGAGGACCAAUCGAGUAAAAGCGAAGAUGAGCCGCAAGAGAGAAAACCCCUACACAUACCGCCACACACCGGCGCGAAUCUCGAAACGCCGGCGACCUUGGGCACCUCCUCCGUCAUUAGAAACCAAUGAAAUCAUCGACAAGCCGACCGCAAAACCUCCGCCGCCACCGGCUCUGCUCGUCACCGGACUUCCCGCCAACUGCUCAGUCCUGGAGCUGAAAUCUCGAUUCGAGAUCUACGGAUCAAUCUCCAGGAUCCGAAUCGACGAAGACGGAGUCGGAUCCGUCUCGUAUCGCAACGCCGAGUCAGCAGAAGCCGCCAUCGCCGGUAGUCACGAGCCUUCGUUCGGUAUCUCCAUCGAUUCCAAAAAGUUGGAGGUGGCUUGGGCGACGGAUUCAGUGAUGACGUGGAAGGAAGGUGUGAAGGUGGGGGAAGAAAAGGAGAAGACGUCGCCGUGGUUGUCGUCGAAGCUUGUGCGAGCUGAGAUGUCAUUAAGAAAACAUGGGAGAAGGAAUAGGCUAGCGUCGACUAUUGUCAACCCGAGAAGUCAAUCUCCGGCAACGAGAAGGGAGGUUAAAGACAGAGAUAUUGUAGCCUACGACGAUAUUCUUUAACACUUACUAGAAAAGAUAGUAACUUUUUUUCUUCUCUGUGAAAGAACUCUGAUUCUUUUCCAUUUUAUUUUUGCAAAGAUGUGUAUGUUAUAUAUGUACGAAUUUAGCGAAGUCUUUUUUUUUUUC